GUCACAAACCUUGCACCUUAAACCUUUGCCCUGGUGGAAGCUAAACGAUGCAGGGUGGCCGUUAUAAAUGAGCAAGCGUAUUUAAAUCAAAUUCCAGACAAAUAACGCUGACUAUCAAAUCUACUCAUGGGAAGACUUUGCACCCAGUCUUUGCUCUUAAAUAUCCAGCGCAUCGGUUGUGGCAUAGGUGAGUAAAGAAAAUAACAGAUCUCCUCCCCUUGCGGUUAUCUGAGACGUUGCUGGGUACGGGCGAGGGCGAUGACGGCGCUGGCAGGAGAGCGAGGAUCGGGGCGCCGGCUCCUGGCGCUCGCGCUCUGCGUCGCGUGCGUGGGAUCGAGCGCGCUGCCGUCGCACAGAGGGCAGCGUCAGAAGCUGCUGCUCGUCUCGUUCGACGGAUUCCGCUGGGACUACGACGAGGACGUGGACACCCCGAACCUGGACCACCUGCGCACCGUCGGGGCCACGGCGCGAUACAUGGUGCCGCCCUUCGUCACGAUGACCUCUCCGUCGCACUUCACCCUCGUCACGGGAAAGCACGUGGAAUCUCACGGCGUAGUUCACAACAUGCUGUUCAACCCAGAUACCGGAGAAAAGCAAGGUUUUCAGGAAACCCAGCUGCGCUCAGAAUGGUGGAAUGGAACAAUUCCACUCUGGAUCACAGCCCAAAACCAGGGUCUGAAGACGGGCUCCAUUCGCUUUCCUGGGGGUGCUGCCAGCUACUUUAACCAGUCUGUGUACAAGACAGUGGGUCGAGACCAUCCGAACAGCAACAAGGAGGACUGGUUUCGCAACAUCCAAUUAGUCAUGGAUUGGUUCACCAAGGACGACUUGGACUUCGUGACCAUGUACCACAGCGAGCCGGACUCCACGGGCCACAAGUUUGGGCCGGAGACGGAAGAGCGGCGGGCGAUGGUGCGGCAGGUGGACGAGACCAUCGGCUUCCUGGUCGAUGCCAUCGAGAAGAGGGGCCUGAAGGACACCCUCAAUGUCAUCAUCACCUCGGACCACGGCAUGACCACCACUCGGAAAGCUCCGGACAUCAAUGAAAUUGUGCUGUCAAAGUUCAUUGACUUCAAGGAAGACCUCAAGUUUGAGCUGGUGGACUACGGAGCAUUUGGCAUGCUUUUGCCCAAGGAAGGGAAGGAGGAACAGGUGUACAAUGCCCUGAAGAGUGCCCAUCCGCACCUGAAAGUUUACAAAAGGGAAGAGUUUCCAGAAUACUUUCACCUGAGAGAUCAAAGUAGACUCCUACCCAUCAUGAUGUAUGGGGACCUUGGCUACUUAGUGAAUGGGAGGCUGAUAUUCCAGUUCAACAAGGGCGAACACGGCUUCGACAACGCGGAGCCGGACAUGUGGACCAUCUUCCGCGCCUUCGGGCCUCGCUUUCGCCGGGGCUACGCGGCGGAGCCGUUCGCCAGCGUGCACGUGUACGCGCUCAUGUGCGAGCUGCUCGGGGUGCAGCCCGAGCCGCACAACGGCUCCCUCGCCUUCACCCGGGACAUGCUUGUUCACUCUACUGCUGCUGCUGUCACCAGCUUGCCGGAUACGUCAAAUGCUGAGUCAUUCAAUAAACCAACCCCUGGCAUGAAGGAAGGAUUAGCUGCCCUGCUUGCAAUGUCUGCUGUAAUUUUCUCAUCUUCGUUGUCACAAUAGUCUACAGAGUCUGGAAAAGAAGAUUAAUCAAGCACAAACAGGAGCCUAAAACAGGCAAAUGAAACAAAUGAUGAAACACAUGGCUGGAAAUGGCCUGGUAAUCACUGUAUUUUCAACAAAAAAAUUAAAUUUUCUACUCUUAACGUUUUUCCUUGAUCUUCUUAAGAUUUGAUUAUUUUACACUGUUGUACUCCCCAUGUACUUGUGUCAAUUAUUGCACCAUUGGAUCACAAGAACACAUUGCUAAUGAUGAUAUACGAAAUAAAUGAAUGAAAAUAUAGGUCGUUACAAUGCACAACUGUUAUUACAACCCCAUAAAUUAUUAUUGCGGCACGUAGAGUUUAAUGACUAUUGACUUUUUUAAUGUCAUCAGAGGAAUCGUUAUGAAAAUGUGUUAUUUCUGACAAUGAACACAUGCACCACAAUUUUUUAUUUAUUAUGAAUGCAAACACGCCUGAUACAAUUAAUUUAAAGAGGCAUCUCUCUUCAUAUAAAUGUAAGCUUCGUGUAAAUUUGUGCACGCUCUCUGAGAAUAAACACGAAAUCUCCCCGGUGAAUGUGGCCUCCAGUGAGCACCCAUGG